AGCAUCUGUCAAAGCCCACAUUUAAACUGCUGCCUGCCUGUGCAGCAGCCGAAGAACUACGGAAUGGAUUUUAUACACCAGAAUUCUGGGUUAAAACAGCUCCAAACCAUUUCUAUUACUGCCUAGCAACAAUGAAGGAAGGAACAGAGGGAAAUCCUAUUACUGAAGACAACUGAAGCACUACGCGCUAGCACUCCCUGCUAACACUACCAUUAGAAAUAUGGAUACUGGGGAGAGGAGAACACAGCACUGCAUUGUCCGACACGGGAAACACCAGAUGUAAAAAGCUCCGAUGCAUCGGCUGUGAGCGCCAGACAGCCCCGCUCCGAACAGAAACGAGAACUACUGUCCUUUUGUUUGCAGGAUGAACAAAAAGCCCCAAGACAAGGACGACACUUAUAAGCAAGGAAGGUAACACGGCAACGGGCAGACAGAUGGACAGAGUGGAUGCCGAGGGGAGCGAUCGCAGGAAGCAGGGCUGUGGGGGGAUGUGCGCAUGUUCGAGAGCAUCUUUUCUGCUGAAGUGAUGGCGUGCCAAAACUAUUUUCUGUGGGUAUAAUCCUCGCACCAUAAAUGGCCUGACCAAGGAAGAGCGAGCCAUUUGCAGACAAUUGCUCAACAUGAACGAAAGAAAAUGAAUACCAAAGAAUAGCAGUGGAUUGAAAACCAAUCGGAAAAGCAUUUUGCUUGACCACUGUCUCAUUUCCCAUCAUUGGAUCCUUACAACAUGCUUCAGUGGAGGAGACGACACUGCUGCUUUGCAAAGAUGACCUGGAAUACCAAAAGGUCUCUGUUUCGCACCCACCUCAUGGGCCUGAUCUCCCUGGUGUUUCUGUUUGCUAUGUUUCUGUUCUUUAAUCAUCACGACUGGCUGCCAGGCAGGGCUGGAUUCAGAGAAAAUCCCAUGGCUUACACUAUACGAGGAUUUAGGUCUACAAAAAUCGAGACAAACCACAGCUCGCUAAGAAACAUGUGGAGAGAUGCUGUACCUCAGACACUCAGGCCUCCAACAGUCACCAACCCCAACAACACAGAUCUGGCUCCACAGGGAGUAACUGGUUUGGAAAACACCCUCAGCGCCAAUGGAAGUAUUUACAACGAGAAGGGUACUGGGCAUCCGACUUUGUAUCAUUUCAAAUACAUCAUCAACGAGCCUGAGAAGUGCCAGGAAAAGACCCCUUUUCUAAUACUGCUCAUAGCUGCAGAGCCAGGCCAGGUAGAAGCCAGACAAGCUAUUCGGCAAACUUGGGGUAACGAAAGCCUGGCACCUGGCAUCCAAAUUGUUCGUAUUUUUUUGUUGGGGUUAAGCAUCAAGAUAAAUGGAUACCUCCAGCGCACCAUCCUUGAGGAAAGCAGACAGUACCACGACAUCAUUCAACAAGAAUACUUAGACACUUACUAUAAUUUAACCAUUAAAACUCUGAUGGGAAUGAACUGGGUUGCAACUUACUGUCCACAUGUUCCAUACGUUAUGAAAACUGAUAGUGAUAUGUUUGUCAAUACUGAUUAUUUAAUACACAAGCUUCUGAAACCAGAACUUCCUCCAAGGCACAAGUAUUUUACAGGUUAUUUAAUGAGAGGUUAUGCACCUAAUAGGAACAAGGAUAGCAAGUGGUAUAUGCCACCUGAUUUGUAUCCAAGUGAACGUUAUCCUGUAUUCUGCUCUGGAACUGGUUAUGUUUUUUCUGGAGAUUUAGCAGAAAAAAUCUUUAAAGUCUCCUUAAGCAUCAGACGUUUACAUUUGGAGGACGUGUACGUGGGGAUCUGUCUGGCCAAGCUGCGGAUUGACCCCAUGCCUCCACCCAACGAGUUUGUCUUCAAUCACUGGCGAGUUUCUUACUCCAGCUGUAAAUAUAGCCACCUUAUUACCUCCCAUCAGUUCCAACCUAGUGAACUGAUCAAAUACUGGAACCACUUACAACAGAAUAAGCACAACGCCUGUGCCAACGCAGCGAAAGACAAAGCAGGCAGGUACCGCCACCGCAAACUGCACUAGAAGGACGAGGCUCCCUCUGCCCACGUGCAACCUGUAAAUACUGCUGAGUGCAUGUACAGUGAACAUGGAUGAGCUUCAUGGGACAGCCUUCAGUUGAUCCCCAUCACAUAGUGGAGUCUGGAAAUUAUUUUUUUAAGUUGAAAAAAAAAAAAAAAGUAUAGUUCUUGAUAACAGUAAUAUUAUGAAAUGAUAACCAAAAGGUUUUCCCAGCAAAUUUGAGGAAAAAAAAAGAUGGUAUUAAGGAUUUUUGUGUUAAUGUGCAAUAAUAAGCAUGCACACUUUGGUGGUACAAUUGCUGAUUUAUGUGCCAAUAAAAUAUAAUGGAGCAUAUUUUCCACACUAAAAUUUUAUUUUAAAAAAUGCAUUCAUAGCUCUAGUUCUCUUCCAUGUAAUGAUCUCUUGUUAUCUAGAAUUGCUAUAAAAUGAAAAAUUAAAAACUAAGUAAAUUGCACAAAGGGCAGAUCAGUUUUACUUACAAUUAUUAUACACUACUUUAAUGUACA